GAUGCCGAUGCCAGCAGUUUACUUUGCGCCUGGGGGGUUUCUUGGGUUUUGGCUGACUUACAUCUAUCCGGCAACUUUGCGGCUUACUUCAGAGUGACAGCUACGGCCUACAAAUACUUGUAGUCGUAGGUACAAGGCCAGCAUACGAAGAAAGUAAGACAGAUAGAUGUCUUCAUUACUACUACAUCAAACUUAGACGCACGAUAACAACAUCCACCUCACGGUUUGAGGUUCACCAGGUUAGAAACUGUCAAAGGGGAAUCUUUGCAUAUUUGCUUCUUGAAUCUCCCGUCUAUUCUCUUAUAGUAUUGUGAUGCAAGCUGUUGUGUCAAGAUAGUAAAACACAUACUAGAAUACUGGUUUUACUGUGGUAAAAUGGUAAAUUAGAAUAGUGACGUUUAGGUAUUGAAUUGAAUUUUUGCAUAUGCCGAAUCGAAUAUACAGUCCAAUUCCAUGCUUUUCUUUUCUAAACGCUUGUUUAAGUAGAGGUACAGUAAAAGUAACGUGGCAAACGUGCAGCUUAAAGACAGUAGGUACAUAACCGUGUCCUUCCUUCCUUCUUUCCAAUCCAGAGUUUUUUGACCGAAAGCUUUGGGAGUGUGUUUUCAGUUUUGUUUUGGCCUCGAGGGAAGGCCUCUUUUGGUGUACGCACACGUUUUGUAGAGAGUCAGUUUUGUAGGGAAGAGAACUCCUUAAAUUUUAAUCUAAUCUCCCUAUGGGGAAAAAAUAAAAGAAAUGAAGAGGGAGAGAGAAAUGAGAUACCAAAUGUGGUGGCGUCAUAGUCUAAGGAUGGGAAGGAGUUUUGGAGUCAGUCGGAAGGAGUAUAUAGUUAUCUGAAUUGGAAACAACUUAUUUUGCCAAUUUUCCCAUUUCUUGGAAUUUCUUCUUCACCCCCGCCCCCACCCCCCUUCUAUCUAUAUCUAUAUAUAAACAACCUCUUUCUCUUCCACCAUUUGCCUUGCCUUGCCUUGCCCCUCCAUUACUAUCCCCCACCACCAAGGCCACAGCUCCACUUUCUCUCGCUCUCGCUCUCUCUCCGAGUUUCCUAGUUUAUCCACCCCUUAAAAGGAAACCCUUUAUGAGUCUGUGAGACUCAACUAUCAACUUAGUCUCCAAGUUGUCUGUAGUAAGUAGUACUAAGCGAGGGAAGAGCGAUUAGGCAGAGGAAAGAAGAAGGGGAAAUGGAGAAAGGAAGCCCAGUUGCUGUGAAUGGAGGAGUCAAACUGCCUAUUGGGUACAGAUUCCGUCCUACAGAGGAAGAGCUCAUCGUCCACUACCUUAAACGCAAGGUCUUUGGUCUCCCGUUGCCUGCUUCAGUCAUCCCCGAGCUCGACGUUUUCCACUCUCAUCCUUCUACACUCCCAGGCAACUCGAGGGAGAAGAGGUAUUUCUUCUGCAAGAGAGAGGCAAGUGGCGGUGAUGAUAAUGGUGAGAAGAAUGGUGUUGUUGACAGUUCAUGUGGCAGAGGUUACUGGAAGCAUACUGGGAAAGACAGACAUAUGAUUCUGUCUGCCCCUUCUCCUUCUUUCAACUGCCAGUUGGUUGGGAUGAGGAGAAGUCUGGUUUUCCGCAGACACAAGAAGGCUUCUGCUAAUCUAAACAAUCAGUGGGUCGUGCACGAAUUUUCCCUUCUUGGCUUGGCCACAAUCCCCUUCACAAAUCAGGUGACAAAGGUGAAGUUGGGAGACUGGGUCUUGUGCACUGUGUUUGAGAGGAAGAAGAAGAGAAGGCCUUCUACGACUACCACUAACAAGAGCCAAAACCUCCAAGGGGUCAACACCUCAAAUAGUUUCCCAGUCCCAAAUCAGCCGGAAGUCGAGGAGACGAUCACAGGCCCUAAUGAUAAUGAUUCCUCCAUGGAUUUUAGAAUGGAAGAGUUGUCUGAUGCAGGGCCUAUUGAUCUACAAGAGGAGGAAGACGAAGAAGAAGGGCCUUGUUCAUCGUCUUCUUCAGUAUCACCAUGUUCAAGUGGAAUCACUGAGCUUUCUUCUCCUACCAAGUCACCAAAUGGUGGGUUAGAUCACCAGGAAGAAGCUCGCACUUCAGUCAAUGUUGGCUUAUGUUCUGCUUCUUCUUCUACUACUAGCAGUAGUUAUUCUUGUUAGAGUUUUAGUAGGCGGGAGUGGAAAAAGAGGUAAAAACCGGAUUGAAAGGAAACAAAAGCACAUGCCUAGCUAUUACUAGCUGCUUCCUAAUUUGAGGAGCAAACAAGCCCAAUGAGAAGUAAAAUUACUUACCAACCAAGCCUUUGUCAUCUCUGAUUAUUAGCUGUUUGUCGGGUUAAUUAUGACCAAAAGAUGGAAAUGAGAAUCGAGUGAAAUAGAGGGAAAUUGGGGAAAAGUGUUAGAUUUGUUGUUUCAUGUUUAAGGAGCCUAUCUAUUGUAAUUGAUAAUUGUACCAAGAUUUCAAACAAACAAAUUCAUUGCAUUCUUGAAUCAU